ACAGCGCUCGUACCCAUGAGCAGCCGGGCUGCUUUUGCUGCUUUUCUCGUUGCAGUCGCAGCCCCUGUCGUUCUUUUUUGUGGUUAAUGAACCCCAGAGCUUUGGGGACGCGGUUCUCCCACUGACACUUUCCCCACACGCCUGCGCCCGGGCCCCCCAGCGGACGCGUCCUGGCAAGAGGAGGAGGAGUCGCGGUCGAGGCCGUGCUGCCGGCGGCCGAUGGCGGCGGGCGGCGGGGUCGGGCUGCUGCCCUUUCUGCAGCUGCUUGGGCAGCUCAAGAGAGUGCCGCGGACAGGAUGGGUGUACAGGAACGUGGCAAAGCCAGAGAGCGUCUCCGACCAUAUGUACAGGAUGGCGAUGAUGGCUUUGGUGACUGAAGACAAAAGCCUCAACAAGGACAGAUGCAUACGAUUAGCUUUGGUUCAUGAUAUGGCUGAAUGCAUUGUUGGAGAUAUUGCUCCUGCAGAUAAUAUCCCAAAAGAGGAGAAACACAGGAGAGAAGAGACAGCUAUGCAACAACUGACCCACCUUCUAUCAGAGGACCUAAGAAAAGAGAUCUAUGAACUCUGGGAAGAAUAUGAAAACCAGUCUACUGCAGAGGCCAGGUUUGUAAAGCAGUUGGAUCAGUGUGAGAUGAUACUGCAAGCAUUUGAGUAUGAAGAAUUGGAAAAGACACCUGGCAGACUGCAGGAUUUUUUUGAUUCAACUGCUGGGAAGUUUGUUCACCCAGAAAUACUCCAGCUUGUAUCUCUGAUUAACACAGAAAGGAAAAAAAGAAUAGCUGCCACAUCUCAUCCACAUUCCUGAGGUGUUCCUAAAUCCUGUAGCCAUAAUAAAUACUUUGGUUUA